CUCUCGCCACGAUAUAACGGUAAUUAUUACUUCAUCUCGAUUUAAAGUCUCGUACGUGUGUAAAUCUAAAUUACAAAGUUAUGCGUGACCUCGCGUAUGUGUGUAAAAUGUAAGUGUGGUAUACUGAGAUUUCCUGGAAAAGUAAUUACAGUCCGCGCGCACGUCUUCCCUCUCGCAGACGGGUAUAAAAGGCCUUACGUCGCCCUUGAAGUUAUUAGUACUCGCCGGUGCAAAGCACGUAUACUACUUAAUCGGUUUAACUCUGUUUUGCGUGCGUAAAUUUCCUGCUCGCAUCAGGCUCGGUUAGUGCGAGCUACUUUCCGCUAUCAUGAAACGUUUGUUCCUCAUCGUCUUGAACAUCGUCGCUGUGUUCGCCGACAACAAUUCCACCGAGGAACAUGUAGUGACAGCACCGAUUGGGAAAAUUCGUGGUUCCACCUUGACAUCCAGACUUGGCAAAACAAUCUACGCCUUCCGCGGUGUGAGAUACGCCGAGCCGCCAACCGGACAGCAACGUUUCCAAGUCGCAAUUCCAGCGGCAGAUUGGAGCGACGUUUUCGAUGCGACCAAGGAAGGACCCGCCUGCCCGGCAAUAGGUGUGGAGAAUAUCAUGGAGGAUUGUCUUCGCGUGAACGUUUACACGACAAAAUUACCGUCAUUGAGCGAGCCUGUAAAGAAACCUGUGCUGGUAUUCUUCCAUCCCGGUGCUUUUUACAUCUUCUCCGGUCAAAGCUCUAACUACGGACCUCAAUAUUUGCUAGACAAAGAUAUCGUUCUCGUCACUGUAAACAAUCGUAUGGGAUCAUUAGGCUUUCUAAGCACCGGCGACUCGAUAGCACCCGGAAACUUGGGCAUGAAGGAUCAGGUCGUAGCGCUUCGAUGGGUGCAGCGAAACAUAGCCGCCUUCGGUGGCGAUCCUCACAGCGUCACUAUAUCCGGUUAUAGCAUCGGUGGAUUCAGCGUGUUGCUGCACAUGGUCUCGCCGAUGUCCAAGGGAUUGUUCCAUCGGGCUAUCAUGAUGAGUGGCUCGAUGACGAUGGAACCGUAUCCGACGAACCAGACGAACUUGGCAAAGAAGCAAGCUGAGCUACUGAACUGCCCAACCGACACCACGGGCGCUAUGCUAGUUUGCUUGAACUCCAAACCAGUGGAAGACUUCACGAACACCAUGCCGAAAUUCUUUGAGUGGUAUGGUCACCCGCUGCUGUUAUGGUCAGCAGUAGUAGAACCUGAAGUUCACGGUGUGGAAAGAUUUUUGCCCGAGCAGCCUGUUGAUCUUAUUAAAAAAGGGCAAUUCCAAAAGGUCCCAUUAAUCGCAGGAGCCACUAAAGACGAGUUCGGCGGCGCUGUCGCUUACGUCGUAAAACAGCAUGCGCUCGGAAAUGAUUCAUACAUUAACGAGUUGAACAACGACUGGUACAAACUCGCGCCCAUAAAUUUCAUUUAUUCGCGCGACACACCCGAUUCCAGAAACAUAAGUACCGAAUUGCGGCAGUUUUACUUUGGCGACCAACCGAUCGGCCCGAACAAUUACGAGGGUCUCGGCGAAAUCAAAGCGGACAUCGUAUUAGCACCAAUGCAUCGCACUGUAAAAUUACUCGCAGAAAACACUGAUCAACCGAUUUACUUUUAUCUGUUUUCUUAUCAAGGACGAUACAGUUUUGUCACGUGGAACGAUACUACGCCAUACGGAGUGGUGCAUCAUGACGAUUUGCAAUAUCUAUUCUUCAUGCAGAUCAAAUUUCCAUUCUUCUCGAACGAUGAUCCGGAAAUUCCUACGGUAGAACUUAUGACGAAUAUGUGGUCGAAUUUUGCGCAAACUGGACAGCCGGUAUCUCCGGCUUUAGCGAACAACGUCACUUGGGAACCAUACGACUUGGAAAAAGAUAACUAUUUAAAUAUCUCCGCGGUACCGAGAAUGAUGACUGGAUUCUUUCCCGAAAGAAUGCAAAAAUGGGAAAGCUUGUUUCCUCUAAAUUCGCAACAGGAUCAGCAUUAGUUUGAUAUGUUCGCGAGUUGUGAUGAAUUAGUGAUCUGAUUAAGUCAUUAAGCAAAAGAAUAUGCUAUAGUUGUGUUACUCGACAAAUGCAUUUAUAUCAGAAUUUAAGAAAAGUUUCUUUUUUAAUAAAAAGAAAUGUUUCUUUAUACUGCAAUUUUUGUAUAUUAUUUUUUAUAAGGUAUAAGUGACAAAAUUAUGAUUGAGUAAUAUUGAAUCAAAUUAUAAAACAAUUAAAAUGUUAGAAACAAGUUUGCCAGAAGGCGGCGACGUGUCCUGAACACAUAGUCGCGGAGAACACAGAUGGUGUGUCAAAGAAUGCUUAUCAAAUGUGACUUUAUCUUUAAACUGUUCAAAUAAUAUCUUAAGAGAAUAAAUAAAUAAAUUAUCUAUUUAACCCGA